AAAAAAAAAAAAAAACUUUGCAGCAACAAGAAAAUAAAAUAAAAAAAUGGCGUCACAAGGGUGUUUCAAUGGAACUCAGGGUAUAAAAAGGGUUCAUCCUCUGUUUCACUCUCUCACAUAUCGAUUAUCUUCAAUUCCAUUGAUAACGAAACCUCAAGCUCUCAUUCUCUCAUCACAGCUUCGUCUCUUCCCUUCCUCCUCCUCUUCUGGUAUUGCAUCUUUUCAUCAAGCCUCUUCAUACAAGAGAAGCCGAGAAGUCUCUCCGAGGUACAGAGGAAAAGAAGAAGAAGAGAUGACGAUUAAACCGGCGGUUUGUAUUUCCAAUGGAAAUCUAAUCAUCAAAAACCGGACGGUCCUAACCGGUUUACCAGACAAUGUCAUCGCGACGUCAUCCUCCGAGGCCGGACCGGUCGAAGGAGUCUUCAUCGGAGCUGUAUUCGACAAGGAAGAGAGUAACCACAUCGUACCGAUCGGUUCACUUCACGAUUCCCGGUUCAUGGCUUGUUUCCGGUUUAAGCUCUGGUGGAUGGCCCAGCGAAUGGGCGAACUCGGCCGUGACAUUCCUCUAGAGACUCAGUUCCUAUUGGUCGAAUCCAACGACGGGUCCCACCUGGAGACCGACCAGAACCUCUACACCGUCUUCUUGCCGUUAAUCGAAGGCUCGUUCCGUUCGUGUCUUCAAGGAAACGUUAACGAUGACGUGGAGCUCUGUUUGGAGAGCGGAGACGGCGAUACCAAAACGUCGUCGUUUACUCACUCUUUAUAUAUUCACGCCGGCACGGAUCCGUUUAAAACGAUAACGGACGCUAUCCACACCGUUAAGUUGCAUCUCAAGAGUUUCCGUCAACGUCACGAGAAGAAGCUUCCGGGGAUCGUUGACUUUUUCGGGUGGUGCACGUGGGACGCGUUUUACCAAGAGGUGACUCAAGAAGGGGUCGAAGCUGGGCUCCAGUCUCUAACCGCCGGCGACACGCCGCCGAAGUUCGUGAUCAUCGACGACGGUUGGCAAACCGUGGAGAACGAUGUGAACUCGGUUGAGAACAAACCGGUUUUCCGGUUAACCGGGGUCAAGGAGAACCCGAAGUUCAAGAACAAGGAUGAAGGAAUCAAGAACAUCGUUGAUAUAGCUAAAGAGAAGUACGGUCUUAAAUACGUUUACGUGUGGCAUGCUAUCACGGGUUACUGGGGCGGGGUGCGACCCGGGGAGGAGUACGGGUCUUCGAUGAAGUAUCCGGCUGUGUCUAGAGGCGUGGUGGAGAACGAGCCGACGUGGAAGACCGAUGCUAUGGCGGUACAAGGGUUGGGUUUGGUUAACCCAAAGAAUGUGUAUAGAUUUUAUAACGAGCUUCAUAGUUACUUGGCUGAUGCUGGCGUGGACGGUGUGAAAGUUGAUGUGCAGUGUAUAUUAGAGACUUUGGGAGGUGGUUUGGGUGGUCGAGUCGAGUUAACUCGUCAGUAUCAUCAAGCUCUUGACUCCUCGGUUGCUAAGAAUUUUCCAGACAAUGGAUGCAUUGCUUGUAUGAGCCAUAAUACGGAUGCUCUCUACUGCUCGAAGCAAGCAGCUGUGACUAGAGCGUCAGAUGAUUUCUACCCACGUGAUCCGUUGUCUCACACCAUACACAUUGCUUCGGUUGCGUACAAUAGUGUGUUCUUGGGAGAGUUUAUGGUGCCUGACUGGGAUAUGUUUCAUUCAGUGCACCCUGCCGCAGAGUACCAUGCCUCUGCUAGGGCCAUUAGUGGUGGACCUAUCUACGUUAGUGAUGCUCCUGGGAAGCACAACUUUGAUCUUCUAAGAAAGCUUGUGUUGCCUGAUGGAUCGAUUCUUCGUGCUCGAUUGCCUGGUAGACCAACGCAAGAUUGUUUAUUCGCAGAUCCUGCCCGGGAUGGUGUCAGCUUGCUAAAGAUAUGGAACAUGAACAAAUACACUGGAGUCCUUGGGGUGUACAACUGCCAAGGAGCAGCAUGGAGUAGCACAGAAAGGAAAAAUAUCUUCCACCAGACACAAACCGAUUGCAUCACUGGCUCCAUUCGUGGUCGUGAUGUUCAUCUGAUAUCCGAGGCCUCCACUGAUCCAAAGGCCUGGAACGGAGACUGCGCUGUUUACUCCCAAAGCAGAGGUGAACUCAGCGUUAUGCCAUACAAUGUGUCUCUACCGAUCUCACUGAAGAUCCGUGAGCAUGAGAUCUUCACUGUGAGCCCCAUUAGUCAUCUGGCUACUGAUGGUGGUGUCUCAUUUGCUCCACUUGGUCUUGUAAACAUGUAUAAUUCUGGAGGAGCUAUUGAAGGACUUAAGUAUGACGCUGAGAAGAUGAAAGUGGUAAUGGAAGUCAAAGGGUGUGGUAAAUUUGGAGCUUACUCAUCUGUGAAGCCUAAGAGAUGUGUUGUUGAGUCAAAUGAAGUUGCAUUUGAGUAUGAUGCCUCCUCUGGUUUGGUCACUUUUGAGUUGGACAAGAUGCCUUCAGAGACCAAACGAUUACAUGCCAUGGAAAUUGAGUUAUGAUUUGAUGAAUUACAAUUUGAUGUAACAACACGGUUAUUACACUUUCUUUCCAUGUGAUACAAACAAAGUAAUAAUAAUAUAUUUUUUAAAAUUCAAAAGAACUACGAAUAUAUAUA